AUGUAUACGAAGCAGAGACCGGAUCAUCUUCGUUGUGCCAUCGUCGAAUUUGACGAACCGGACGCAGUCAGAAUGGUGCUUGGGAGCCAACCACACCUGCUACGUGAUCAGCCUUUGCGCGUUAAGGUGGCACUGAGAAAACGCGAGUAUGAAAAAAAGUAA